GUCAUUGAUUCCGCAAAUGGCUCUGCAAUGGUCAAGGUAAUUCCUGAUUCUGUCACUCCUGGAGGUAUUGUUUGCGUAGUAGAAUUGUCUGGGUUAUGCAAUCGGUCGGCUAAAAUAAAUGCUCCGCCGUCUAAAUUGUCACAAGCAUUGUCUUCUCGUGUUCAAAGAAUAAUAGACUCAUAUAUUUGUCCUGAUUCAUCUGAACAGCUUAAAAUAUUUUCAGCGUCUGAUUCUUCUCGUCCAUCAUUUCAUGUUGCCUCUUAUUUGCUUCAUUUGGAUAUCAUUGUUUUGCAAAAUGACGGAUGUCUACUCGACGCCUGUCUUCCUGUUGCGUUGGGCUGCCUCCACAAUGCAAAGUGGCCGAAGCUCGAAGGAAUAUCAAAUGCUUCAAAAGGAUGUUCCUCUUUCUUGCAAUUCACUCCAUCGCUCCCGUUGUCUACUGUCAGGCUGAACUUAUCAGAUUGGCCACUCGCCGUUUCAUUUGGUAUCGUUCCAGUUUUUUCUUUGGAAGAAAACUCUGAAAAACAAGAUCAAGUCCCAUUUAUUGCACAACCUUCUGCUCGGGAGCUUUCUAUGUGGGAUACUGACGCCGGUCUAAUAACCAUCGUAAUCAAUUCCGCUGGUUUUAUUUGUGACUCAGACAUCCUCUUUUCCUUUCUUUCAUCUGUUUGGAGGCGACUAGCCUCUCGUUCCGUAAUUCGAGAUCAGAACCAACUAAUUACUCUCUUAUUAAGCUCAGCCAUCGAUCAAGCCAAAUGUAUUAGGUCGCAUAUUCAGAAUGUGCUUCAAUAA